AUGUCGACAGCAUCUACCCAAUCCCGAGGAGUCAACCGACGGAUCAACAGCAUCCAGAAUGAGGGUCGCCAUUCGCGCAACUCCUCCGCAUCGCGGCGGCGCCCUUUGAAUGCCAACGUGGCAUACAGCCAUGCCCUCCGUGUCGCCUAUCUCGCCUAUCUCCUCAACCCUCGCUCUCGUCGCAUCCAAAAUGCCCCCGUCGCGCCGGCGCGGCCGAAACGAUCAUCUACGUCCAUACAUGAUUUGAUGAGUGACUUUUCUCUGGUCAGGGACUCGAAAAGCACAAGAAUCCCCCACGGCUUCGUCGCCGAGUUGGAGAAGCGGCUGACGGGUGUAUUGAUGGGGAAAGAGAAGAGGAAGGAAUAUCAAGACCACCUAGUGGUACGCACGUUUGCUGUAUUCCUAAAUGUGUUGAAAGAGAGUUCUUUCCGCAAGCGCAUGGAGAAAGAUCGACGAGCUGAAGACUUGCUCCUGAUCUUUUACUCAAAUGCUAUCAAAGAGCUAGGCAAGGGCAAGGAACACGAUGAUGAUAGCUGGAAGCUCAUGGUCGAUCGACAUGUCGCGCUGUUUGUCCGACUGCUUGCACUCACGCUGAAAGAUCACGACUGGUCCAAGGACCGACCUGAGUUGGCGAAUCGACUGACGGUCCUAGAAAACAAGCUUCUUUUGCAGGAUCAAGAUCUUAUGGAGCCCAGUGGGGCUGCUUCUGCAACGGAGACCGUUGCCUCGUUGAGUUAUAAUGUCAGGGAUAUGCCCUUGGUUCAACAUGUAGCCAAGGUAUUCGGGAUGACGAAUUCCGAAGCGCAAUCCGAGAUCGACAGAAACAAGUCAUCAUGGACUGAACAGGCUGCUCUCAAGGAUCUUAAAACGUACCAGGCCCAUCUCAGUCUCCAAACCCACAAGACUUUGUCCAGAGAUGAUUUUGAUUCUGAUGAGGGCUAUGAUGCAUGGAAAAAGAGCGAGAGUCCCGACCUCUCCCAGAUGAUACUUGCCAUCAUACAGUCAAAUCCAGAGCUUGCCAAAAGCACCCCAGGGUCUCUUCCCCAAUUCAACGAUAAUUCCGACUUGUCAAGAACCUCUUCGGGUCGAACCGACAGGAACUCUUAUGUCAUUGAUCAAUCUGUUGACCUAAGUGGCCUUUCUCUGGGGGAUUCAGAUGAGUCUGAUACCUACACGUUCAUACCAUCUGAUCCCAGGUCUUUGUAUCGAUACAUCUUGUCCCAGACCCUCAGUCAUGAUCUACGGGAUCGUGAGAUUGAAGCUACGCAGGCAAUAUCCGAUGCGCCUUCGAUGAAGCUGCUAUCAAAACAGUCCUCUGAAAUGCUCAAUGAAAUUUGUCUCCGCUGGCGGAUUCCCACUUUCUCUCGAGUCGUGAUGUUUCUUGAAGUCGCUCAGACCAAGUUUGUGGACAACGAGAUUGACCUCGAUACUCUGGACUCAGCUUUCACAUUUGUGAAAGAAACACCACAAGGAGGAAACAAACGCAGCAGCUUUGUGGCUUCGUCAGUAUUUGAUCGACAGCGAUGGACUGUCCAUGAUCUCCAAACUAUGCAGACGCUUCUAUCCAAACUUCAUGAGGCCUUACUGCGUGAACUUUACGAUGUUAUGAUGGUUUGUUUCGAAGCCAAACCACGUCCUAUUGGACCAGUUAUGUACAUCCUGGAGUCCCACAUCCAAAUGGAUCCUAGUUAUGUCGAAGACCCGGAGGACAUGGAUCGAUUCAGCACCUAUGUGCAAGAAGGACUUGCCCAGAAAGCGAUGACAAAGUAUCAAACUCUUCUCAGUCAAACGAUUCCCGUCGAUGCAGAAUCUUGGGAGGCCGAUCAUGUCAUUCAGCUCGGGGAUGCUAUCGCGAAACUUGCAACGAAAAUACAAAAAAGAUAUCGCAAAAACCCAGAAAUCAUGGGUGUCAAUCCAUACACCACGUUGUGCUCGUGUGUCCUCCCUAUGUUUGCUGAGGAUGCCCAUGAGAUGGUCAUUCGAAUCCUCGAGCAAGCCAAUGUGCGGGGUGAGGAGAUUCCUAUUGAAGAUGGAUUCGACCUCUACAAGCAGCUCGCUACUGUCAGGAGAUUGUUCCAUAACACCCAUGAAGAUGCCAAGUUCCCCUUCCAUGUGGAAAGCCUGCUUCAAGAGUUCGUCUGGCGUUGGCUUCGUCUCACAGACCAAAAGGUCAUGGAUUGGGUUAGCCAGGCUACAAGACAGGAUGCAUUCAGCGUACGUGCUGAUGAAGCGGUGGAUCUUGCACCUGAGGAUGAUCGGCACAGUGUGUCAGUCAUUGAUAUUUUCCGAUCCUUCAACCAGGUUGUUGAAAACCUGGUGAAUUUGGAGUGGGAUGACGAUUUCCAGUACGCGAAGUUCAUGACGCACCUGUCCAAUUCCAUUGGUAAGGGAGUGGCAACAUAUUGUGAUUCUUUGGAAAAGAUGUUCGCGCGGGAAAUGGAUCGUCUCACCCCCGAACAGGAGGCUGCAUUGAACCAAACCGCGCAGGAGAAAUUCUUGCAGUUUGCCAAAGAUGCGUGGACCAACAAGGAGAAAAUCGAGCCUUUCCAAUUCUCAUCUGAGUCUUUGGUGAAACUGAACAAUAUUGAAUAUGCGCUUGAGCAACUGGACAAGCUUGAAAAGGAUAUUAAUGUCGAUGCGUGCGCCGAGGUCAUUGCAAGACACAGUCCCCCUCAACUCAAGAAAGUCCGCAAGUCGACCACAUAUGUCUUCACAAUCAAAAUUGUGGAAGCAGAAGAUUUGAAGGCAUGCGACAUUGGCGGCGGCAGCGAUCCCUACGUCGUCUUGGCAGAUGAAUAUCAAAAGCGCAUUGCCAAGACACGUACUAUUUACAAUAAUCUUAAUCCGAGAUGGGAAGAUGCAGUGGAUCUAACCACCCAAGGCCCUUUGAACAUCAUUGCUACUAUCUGGGAUUGGGAUGCGGUGGGAGAUCAUGACUACGUUGGUCGUACUUCGAUCAAACUGGAUCCAGUUCAUUUCAGCGACUUCUUGCCAAGGGAAUAUUGGCUUGACCUGGACACCCAAGGUCGUCUCUUGCUCCGAGUCAGCAUGGAAGGCGAGCGAGAUGAUAUCCAGUUCUAUUUCGGCAAGGCUUUCCGGACACUCAAGCGAACAGAGCGAGACAUGACUCGCAAGAUCACUGAGAAACUGUCCGCAUACAUCAGUCACUGUCUAUCUCGACGAACACUGAAAUCCCUGCUCUCUCGGGGUAUUACCAUGUCGACCGUGUCAAGCUUCUUGAGCCGCAACCGAGCUCCGGUAGCCCCCUCCGGUCCCACUUCUGCAGACGUGGAGAACGCACUGACGCCUUUGUUCAACUACUUCAAUGACAAUUUCGCCAUCAUGAACAAGACACUGACGCCCGAAGCCAUGAAAAUGGUGAUGGCUCGCCUUUGGAAGGAGGUUCUUGCCACGAUCGAGAGCUUGCUGGUUCCACCCUUGUCAGACAAGCCCUCCCACCAGAAGCCUCUCACCAUUCAAGAAGUAGACAUCGUUUCACGCUGGCUCGUGCUACUUCUGAACUUCUUCCAUGCGAUUGACGACGAAACCGGCGAAGCAAACGGUGUCCCAAUUGACAUCCUGAAAUCACCCAAAUACCACGAAAUCCAGUCCCUGAAUUUCUUCUACUUCGAACAAACAGAGAACCUCAUCCGCACCUCAGAGCGCAUGGCGUCGGCAACGGUCAAUCGCCAACAAGCGGCUCGUAAUCGCACUUCCGCGCCCGCCCUCGGCGCCUCCGGGCCUGGCAGCCUAGGUCUCCCCGCGGCCCGACGUGCAAAGAGCAUCAUGCUCUCCCGGAACCUGGGCACAAUGAAGAAAGCCAAGGAAGAAAAGCGUCGCGAAGCGCAGGCCGAACCAAACGAUGACAUGAUCUUGCGCAUUCUGCGCAUGCGCCCUGAAGCAGCGGGUUAUUUACGUGAUCGCUCCAGACAGAAAGAAAGGCUUGCCGCUGCAGCUGCUGCCGAUGCCAUUGUGAAACAAAGUCUCAUGGCCGGUGCAGGAAGCCGUAUGAGUGGUGUCAUUCCUCGCGUGCGGUAA